AUGAGCGGCGCAAGGUUCGGUUCUCGUAUUGUGUGUGGCGGAGAAACCCUCGAUAGCUCAAGCAAUCACAGAGAUAAUCGAUUUCAAAUCCAAAUCAGCUUUACCGCCACUUCGCUCUUGGGCCAUUUAACUCAGUCUGACUUCGAUGCACAUCACAAAAAAUGGUCAAAUUGUGACCCGUUUGCCUCGUUCGACAUGCCAAUCGAGCGUUUUGUCACCCCUACAGAUUGUGAUAGAGAAGGCGAGCACAUCGGUUCUGAGAUCAAGUCCGUAUGUCUGAAGGCCAACCGGAACAUUACUGUCUCUUGGGCUUGCUUCAGUGUGAUCAUCCCUGCGUGCGUAUCAAGUUUCCCCUUUACAAGGCUUCACUGUCAAUUGAAAUGA